AUGGAUCCUUACGAUGAUGACCGGCGGGUACACCGCCACAGGUCCCAUCGUGAUAGAGAUCGCGGCAGAGAUGAUAGAGACCCUCGGUAUGUCGAACAAACGCAAGAAACCUAUAUUCGAUCCCCCGUCGCAGCCGCGCCUGAACCACCGUAUGCUGGGCGAACUACCGAUAUGAUACGACGGCCUGUUCGCGAAGACAGUGACCUCUCAAUCGAAGAAGUCAGAAGAGAUUUCCCUCCUCCAGCCGGCGCUUACGUUCAACAACGAGCUUUGGUACGAGAGGAUCGGUACGGGCCGCCAGUUCGCUCCCGAUCCGCCGAACGUGGUUCACAAUAUGGAGCAUACCUUGGUGACCCUCGCCGGUCAGAUCGCGACUUGGACGAUCGUCACAGCCGUAAGAGUAUGGUCUACGCAGAACAAGAGAUCAAGCCACGCCGCCGGUCGCUGUCGCGAAACCAGAAGAUCAUCGCUGCGGUUGGUGGAGCAGCCUUGGCCGUUGGGGGCAAAGAGUUCUGGGAUCGUAAACAAGCAGGAGAUGGUCCAGUCUCUCGCAAUGUCAUCCAAACAGCCGCUGUAGGCGCAGCCGGUGCAUUUGCAGCCUACGAAGGUGCCGAACUUUACGCCAAGCAUGCUGGCAAGUCCGAGGAGAAGGUGAAGACAUAUGUUGCUCACCGUGGCCGGAAUGGCGAGGUAGCCGAGUACUACUCCUCGGACGAAGAAACCGUGAAGGGCGACAAAAAGAAGAGUCGUCGUAAGUCUAUUGUCGAGAGCGCUUUGGGUCUCGCAGGCCUAGGCGCUGCUGCGAAAGCCGUUACAGGGAACAAGAGCCACAGCAGGCGCGGGAGUGACGACAGCUUCGAUGAUAGUCGCUCACGACGCUCACGGUCUCGAGGGGGCAGUGGCAAGGCUCCAGAAGGAGCUGCCAAAUAUCAGCAGGCAGCCAAGGCCGCGCUUCUGGCCGGUGCCACUGAAGCUUUCCGUGUCAGGAAUGAACCCGGAGGAUGGGCAGGAGUCAAGGGGAAGCGUAUUCUCACUGCGGCUAUCGGAGCUGGUGGUAUCGAUGCAGCAGCAGACCGUGAUCCCGACAAGAAGAGCAAGCGUCACAUCCUCGAGGCUGUGGUGGGAGGCCUUGCUGGUAACCGCGUGAUCAAUGGACCACGAAGCACUGUGGAAGACGACGGCAAAUCAAGCCGGGGUGGUAGAUCACGAUCAAGAUCCAGAGGCCCAUCAGGGGGUGGUGCAGGAGCUGGUCUCGCAGCGCUUGCUACAGCUGGCUUGGGAGCACUUGCAGGAAAGAAGUUGCUGGACCGCUCUCGCUCUCGAUCCCGCGGCGGUGAUUCCCGACGACGCAGAGACAGCCCGGACUCCUAUGAUAGCAGAAGCCCGUCCCCAAAACGUGGCAAAGACCGCAAACGAAGCAAGAGUGUCACAGACUUCGCCAGAAAGGGUCUUGCUGUUUUUGGAAUUGGUGAGGCGGCUGAAGGUGGAAAAUCACGCGAGAAUGUGAGGGAGGUCGAGGAGACCCAUAUCCGUCGAACUCACCGAGGCGGUGGUAGUAGAAGAGGAUCCGGAUCUGAUGAGGACUACAGGGAUUCCCGACGCUCUCGGGAUGCUGGUGGAUACGCCGAGUCUCGUGGUGACCCUUAUGGGGAUUCACGAUAUGCCGACUCGCACUCAAGCAACGUCGGUUCGAGGAGUGGUGCGGGUGGCCGCUCCGCUCGCCAGAAAGACGGACAGAGGAAUAAGCGUAUUGCAGAGGGGAAACAGGAUGCCUCGGAUUCGGAUAGCAGCUUGGGGUCCUCGUCAGGUGAUGAGAAGCGAAUCAAGAAGAUGAAAGGUAAGCAACUUCUUACAGCUGGUUUGGCUACUGUUGCAACCAUCCAUGCUGCACACAACAUCUAUCAGAGCAUGGAGAAACGCGAUGCGAGACACAAAGCUGUGCAGGAAGGAGAGAUGACCCCGGAGGAAGCACGGAAGCUCAAGGCCAAGGCUACAUUGCAGGACGCCGCAUCUGUUGGAAUUGCAGCACUCGGUAUCAAGGGAGCAAUCUCAGAAAUCAAGGAGGCGAACGAGAUGCGGCACGAGUGUAGAGAGUUCCGAGAGAAGAAAGAGGAGCGUCACAAGAAGCGUCUCGAGCGACAAAGGAAAACUCCUUCAAAGGGGAGCGAAAGUGCACCGUAUGAUGAUGGUUAUGAGCGAGGGCCCCGCUACAUCGACGACAACCCAUACUAUUCAACCUCCGCCCUUCCCGCCCCUCCCGUCGGCUACAAUGGGAGAUAG